CAAGGUGUCACACUUCUCACCAUUCACUUCCCGACAUGGCGACAGCAACGCCAGACUUCGGGACGCAGCUCGCCAACGUGCGGAGGCUGACGUCUUCAGCCCUUGCACACCAAGCUAAGCCGGCGCAGCUCCUCACUGCCAUCGAGGCUACGAUUUCGUCCACACUUCCCGGCUCCACCCUCCCUCACUCCUCUACCGCCUACUUUACCGCGCUCCUUCAGUGCCUCGAGAAGGCAUGCUCGGACGAGAUCCUUCCUGGGGAGACGGGUGAGGAGAUGGCGGAGACGGAGAACAUGGGUGGCGGUGCCCUGGUCCCGGCGACGCUGUAUCUUCUGGCAAUCGUUGUGCCGGAGACGCCGGCGCAGGUCGUGCUCUCUAAGGUAUCUCCGCUCCUCGAGUGCCUUCUUCCGCUCUAUCCUACUGCCCUGGAAAACCCUCCUCCCCUCCGCUCCCUCAUCCAGAUUUGCACAAGCGCCAUCCUCUUCGCGACGCCCGGGCUCCUUGGAUCGUCCCCCCACCUCAAGCGCGCAUGGAACUACCUGCUCGAGCUCAACCUCGACCCUCGUCCCAAGGUCCGGCAUCUUGCACAGGAGGGCGUCCGCAAAAUUCUCAUCACUCCGGUGCCCCCACGCGUUACUCCCGGCGCGCACCCGUACCUUUCGCGCGCUCGUGACUGGGUCACCACAGUGCUUGAAGAGGACAUCCGCUCGGGAGGGUCCAGCAAGGCCGCUGCCAAGGGCAAGAAGGCGCGCUUCGCCGACUCUGAGGACUCUGAGGGGAAGAAGGCGAUCUGGGUCGUGCAGGGGUUGCGAGGCUGGGUCGCCGUUUGGGGCGAUGACGAACUGAGCAAGCUUUGCAGCCUCCUCCUCGCUCUCCCUCCGCACCCCCACCUUACUGCGCAAGUUUACUCACUUCUCGCACACCUCCUUUCCCCUCCACCAGCGGACCAGCACGCAGCCAAGCCUGCGGUAAUGACGAACCUGCCCAAGAUCGUCGACUCGCUCCUUCAGUCGCCGCCCGAGCUCGGCUCCACGGACAUGGCAUCUUACCUCUCUGCCCUCAGCUCUGCUCUUAUCAAGAUGGUGCUGCAGGACCCCGCCAAUCUUGGCACAUACCUCCCCAAGGCGUUCAACUUCAUCUUCAAUGAGACCCUGCUGGCACCAUCUGCGUCGGCGGCUGUCUGCGCCGCUGCUGCCGACGCUGUUGCCAACGGCAUCGUCCGCUACUGCAUUACGGACGAUGGUAUCGUCGCUGCGAUUGAGUAUAUGCGCCGAGGGUCACAUAUGCCUGGCGCGCGCAAGAAGCAGAAGACGCCCUUCCUCACGCGCCUGCUUGCCGCGCUGACCGAGGCCCUCGACUCACACGCGCUUCGCAUCAACCAUCUCCUCACGAUUCUUGCCUCACUCAUCUCGCGUCUGCGUCUGCGCAUCACGCUGGGCGAGGCCAAGGUCGACCCGGCUGGACGUGCACCAACCGCCGCAGAGGAGCUUCUUCUGCCGCUCAUCCAGGAUGUCGGAGACCUCCGCACACAGCCGGGCUUCGAUUACAAGGACAAGGUCGACGACGUCGUUGGCAUGGCCAUCGAGGUUAUCGGCGUCGAGGGCGUGCUCAAGGCGCUUCCACUUAACAUUGAGCCCGACGCAUCGGGUCGUCCUCCUCAGCCUGGCCGUGCCCACCUCCUCCCUCUCAUCCGCACUCGCACAACCAACGACUCGCUCGCCUUCUUCGCCGAGUUCUUCCGCCCAUUGUCUGAACGCAUUUUCGAGCGCAAGGUUAAAGCUGAAGAUGCCGGCAAGGACGGUGAGGCGAAGGUCUGGGAAACUAUUGUCAGCCAAAUUUGGGCCUGCCUGCCUGGCUUCUGCGACAUGCCUCGCGAUCUCAAGGAUGGCCUCACCAACCAGUUCCUGAGCCUCAUUACCAACCUUCUUUACUCCCAGCCGCUCCUCCUGUCACCCCUGCUGCGUUCGUUGACUCUGCUUGUGACCUCGACCGAGCGCCUGCUCGGCUCAACAACCGACCCCGCUGAGCUUCGCAAGCAGUUCGGCGUGGACCAGGAGGGCGCCAAGGCCGACGUCACUGCGCUCAAGGCUCUGGCUAAGGACAUGGUCGGUGUGCUUCUCAACGUCUUCAGCUCUACGCCUCGUGAGCAACGCGGCAUGGUGGGCGACGUUAUCGCCGCCUGGGUGCGCAUCAUGGACACGAAGGAUGUCAUUGAGACGUACAACACAGUCACCAAGCACCUUUCGGACAACCUCGGCUCGUCUAAGAUCCCGGGUCCUGGCGCGUCGCCCAUCUCGCACACUAUGCUGGACCUCCUCAUCAUCUUCGUCCCUAGCCUCCCUCCUGCGCAGUCCGUGUCGCUCUUUGCGGCAACCGCGACGCAGGACCUCCUCAUGCACUCAGACGCCACUGUCCAGAAGAAGGCGUACCGUCUCCUCACCCGUCUUAUUGAGGCUGGCAGGCUCGGUACUGCGAUUAACGGCGACAACCUCGAGACCUUUGUGCAGAAGCUGAACGAGGUCGCUACUGCUGUCGGCCCUGGUGCUCAGCGCGACCGUCUCCAGCUUCUCGGCACUGUCGUUGAGGCGCUCCCUACCGAUCGCCUUCACCUUAUUCCGGAGCUUCUCUCUGAGGCUGUCCUUGGCACCAAGGAGACCAACGAGAAGGCACGUGACGCUGGUUACGAGCUCCUCGUCGUCAUGGCCCACAAGAUGUCAAAGGGUGGCGAGGUCAAGCAGCAGGUUCCCAUUGACGAAGAAAGCGAGGAGAUGGAGGAGAAUACCGUCGCCGCCAAUGUUCAGGAGUACAUCACUAUGGUCGCUGCUGGUCUCACUGGUGACACACCCCACAUGAUCUCGGCCAGCAUCAACGCCCUGUCGCGUCUCCUGUUUGAGUUCAAGGACGACACCUCGAACGACCUCAUCUCGGAGCUCGUCGCCACCAUCGUGGUGUUUGUUGGCUCCAAGAACCGUGAGAUCGUAAAGUCCGCACUUGGCUUUGUCAAGGUCGCUGUCGUCGCCCUGCCCGUCGAUACCGUUGAGCCCCACCUCGACGCGCUCGUCCCUGCCCUCCUUGGCUGGGUUCACGACCACAAGAACCACUUCAAAUCGAAGACGGUUCACAUCUUCGAGCGCAUGAUCCGCAAGUUUGGCUACGAGGCGGUGUACAAGAACGCGCCAGAGGGCGGUGAGCGCAAGGUGCUCGAGAACAUCAAGCGCCGCAAGGACCGUGCGAAGCGCAAGAAGGCUGCGGCCGAGAACGGCGACGAUGAUGGUGCCGAGGGCAAGCCCAAGCAGUCAUCCGGCAACGCGUUUGACGACAUCCUGUACAACUCCGACUCGGACCUUGAGUCGGACGGCGAGGAAGAGUCCCGGCCCAUUAAGCCUCUGUCGAAGCGCCAGCGCAAGGCUGCGGCCGCGGCCGCGGCUGCUGGCCAGACGUUCAUCCGCAACGAAGGCGACGACCCGCUGGACCUGCUCUCGCGCUCGAUUGCGGGCGGCAUCACGCGUGCCGACCCCAGUGUAGCAGCGCGCAAGCGCCAGCCGGGGCAGGACGCGGCGCACUUCAAGACGGACCGGUCGGGCAAGCUCGUCAUCGAGGAGUCGGGCGACGAGGACGACGAGAUGGACGGCAAGCGCGCGGCCGGCGAGGGCAACGCGUACAUGACCGCGAUGCGGGGCGUGGACGGGGCGACGCGCGACGCGCGCGGUGGGCUCAAGUUCAACAAGAACACGAAGAGAGCGCGCGAGGCCGAGCGCGAGGAGGAGGCGAUGGACCUCGACGAGCUGAUUGGCGACAAGAAGCCCAAGAAGGCCAAGAAGAAGGCCGUCAAGCUCGGCGAGGAGUUCCGCUCCAAGCGCGGCAAGGGCGACGUCAAGCGCAACGACGGCCCCGACCCUUUCUCGUACGUGCCUAUCGGGCAGGCCGCGCAGCGCAAGGACCGCGGCGGGCACCGCGUCAACCUCACCAACAAGAAGAAGGGUUCGCGUGCAUAGAGGGUGCCAUGGGGCGUGGGCUUAUAGAGCGUCAAUAUCGCAUUGUGAUACCUCAUGUACUUUUCGAUCUGGACUGCAGCGGAUG